GCCCAAUUCGCGAACAAACAGUCGUACCUCCUCAAGUCGUCCACCGUCCACACAUCAUAUUCACCAUGUUCGCCCGCGCCGCUACCCGCACCACCACCUCGCUGGUCACCAAGCGUGGCUUCCACGCUACCCGUCCUCGCAUGUCCUCUCCUUACCAUUACCCCGAGGGCCCCUACAGCAACUUGCCCUUCGACCCCCGCAAGAAGGGUUUCGCUCUUGGCUACUGGGCUUUCAUGGCCACUGGCUUCCUUGCCCCCUUCGGCAUUGCUGUCUACCAGACCAGCAAGUCCGCCGAAUAAUUUAAUAAAAUUGACUUAUCUGCAUUUGUUCUUCGUUGGCCGGUGUUGAUUCGACUCGAGGCGGUGGAGGAAUCGUUAUUGUGUUAUACCUCGGAUAGAUUUUCUCACAGUCCACACACUGGCUGUAAAACAUAGUUCCCUUUGUCAAAGAAAAGAAAUUAUUACAUUACAGACACUACGAUUGAUCUUGUAUGUUGUAUGAGAACGUGUGACUAAUAAGGAAAUAUUCAAGAUUAAUGCCUUUUCGGCUCUAUGCAGGUGAUGACGCAAGUAAAUAUCAAAACUAAUGUUACAUAAUGUACAGGCUAUGCUAUGUAUUUAGAAAUCAAUCAUCUUGUUCAAGCUUGCCCUCAUUCGACUGGAUCUCGUCUUGGAGCUAUCCAGUUCUAGCCAAGUCUGAUGUACGUCCCUGUCACGCAAGAUGUUGUCGAAUAUCUCAUGCAUAUAGACUUGACGAUCAGGGACGACAUCCCAGCGCUUUUCAAGAGCAGCAAACGUAUCGAUGACCGCUUCAAUAGAAGAACACUUUUUCACCGCACGGAGUGCCCAGAUAACGACCCAGGUGUCAAUGAAGAAUUCGGACGUUUCUUCAUCUCGUGCGAGAUAUAGGGCAUUCAACACGUCUUGGAGACGUUGUUCGCUCCACAGCGAACCCUCGUAGCCUCCAUAGGAAAAGAAACCCUUGAACAAGGCUAGGAAAAUGGUUGCGUGAACAGGGAUUUUGAGAGCCUUCAUCUCAUCCAGAUAUUGCGCUACCUUACCAAUGUCUCCCACUCGAAUUGCGUAAUGUUCGAUGAGGAGUCUGUAGGUAUGGAUAUCUGGUGAUAUGAGGACGUUGGUUUGCAGCGAAUCCUUGAUUUGUGGAUGAACUUUUCCAAUCUUGGUAAACAUCAUCAGAACCUUGGUAAUGACUCUGCCUAACAUAUAGUCUCGCUCAGGCAUAUCGGGUGCCAGUACAUGUCCCUGUUUCAUUCUUUCAUAGGUAUAUUCGGCAGCCAUUUCUUCGCCACAUCGCAAAAGCCCGGCAAUGACGCAGUUGAGUACCACAGUGUCAAUCAUUUCACCAGACUCAACCAUUUCCUUGUACGCUGAGCGCAAGCCAUCCGCAUCAAGUUUGAGCCCAAAGAAGUGGAUUAAACUGACGUGGUGGUACCGAUUAAAGUCGAUACCACGGUUUUCCAUCUCUUGAUAGAUCAUGUCGGCCAGAUCGUAGUUGCCAGCCUUUGCUGCAACAUCGAAUAAGAUAUUAAAGGUCACAUCAUUACCGGGGAGACCAUGUUCUUUCUCCAUUUCGCGCCAGAGUUUCAGUGUUGUUUCAAGCUCAUAAGAUGUCGUUUUUGAGGCGUAUGAUGAUGCAAAUGCUAAACCGUAGUUCCACUCUGCCAGUCGCAUUGUGAGACCAGCAUCUCGGAUGUCGGACACAAGCUCAAAAUAUCGAACCAUGCCUGACUUGCUUUUUGUUCGGGGCGUACCCAUAACUUUCAUGAGUCGUGUUCGCCAUUGCCACGUUAGGUACAACAUGCGUGGUUCAGGUAGUUGGCAGUAUAAUUUAUAGAUUGCGGAUAGCGAUGUUCGACGAGGUUGUCGCAUACGUUGUCGAAUAGCCGCGCAUAGUUUUGCAAUAACCUCUUGUAUCUCGUCUGUCGCCUUGGCAGUUUCUUCUGCACUUGGGUAUUGUAUAUCAUUCUUUCUAUCCGAUAUCUGUACGCCGGGGCUUUGGGGGUUGGCGUAGCCUCUCCGAUAUGGGUCUCGAUGGAAGUCAAACUGUUCAUCCACGUUUGCAUAGGUUGGAACACCGGCAACGUAGGAUAGAAUUUGUUGCUUCGUUUGUAUAUAUGAUGGUUUCUUCGUGUCGGUAUCAACCGAAGUUGUAUUGGGUUCCGGUGGCGCGGUGCUUUGCGUUGAAGAGAAUCGUGCGUUGCGAAGAGACAGUCGGGCUGUCGUAGGGAGCCUGUGUGGUUGGACUCCAGGGGCAAAGGUCGAAAGUAUCCAGGCAGAGCUUUUCGUACAAGCAUUCAGACGCUGCUCUUGAGGCUUUGGUCCUAUGCCUGGAGCAAUAGUUUUGCUAGAUAGACUCCUUUGCCCCGAAGCAGGACAAGCCGCUGCAACUUUCCAUGCUGCCACCGAUCUCUUUGAAAGCACCGCGCCGCAUAUAGAUCCUUCGAUUCGAGUAGGGUUCAUCAUAGAUUUGUUGCCAUUUUGGUGGCACCGGUAAUGCUGGUUGGCAUGGCCACACACGACGUGUAGCUAUGGUG